CUUACACUUUUUUGCUUUUCUGCAUCAAUUGCUUAUCUUUUCGUCGCUUCAAUUUUUAUAUUAUAGCGGCUUAAUUCUAGAUAUAAAUUGAUUUUUAUAGAACAAUGUCGCCAUCCCAGACAGCAACAGUGGUCCCUGACCCGCCGUCCUUCUCGCAAGCGGCGCCACUCCCCAAGCUGACCUCCGAAUACAUGAACCAAAUGUACCCCGAAUACCUCGACCUCGUCCAAGCCCAAGUGUUUUUCCGUCACGGUGAACGCACGCCAGUUAAACAGCGCUUGUUAGAAACACCGUCGUGGCCAUUUUGCCAGAGAGCAAAUCACUUGCAUGCGGAGUUCAUGAAGGCUGUGGGCAAGUUUGUGCCCAGACAAGAGGCGAUGCCGGUGCCUGACCCCCAGAGAAAGGUGGGUGACGCGAGGUACACUGAGAAAACUGGGACGCUGAAGAGCGGCUUGGAGUACGAGCCCGCCAAGUGGUCGGUGCGGCUGGGCAAUUCGGGCUAUGAGAGUGCCCCCGACGCUGCGGCCGACGAUAGGCGCGAGACGUGGGAUCCAAAGGCCUGCGAGAUGGGCCAGCUGUCCGACAUCGGCCUGGACACUCUGUUCCGCACCGGGUCUUUCCUACGCUCACUGUACAUCGACAAGCUGCAACUCCUUCCGCCCGUCCCCGACACAACGUCGGGCCGCCUGAGCGACUGGCUGUAUAUCCGAACGACUGACUACUCCCGCGUCAUCCAAUCGACCCACGCGCUCCUCGUGGGCAUGUACCCAGGAUACCCGAAGGCAGCGUGGAACGGAAGCCGGACGUCCUUCAACGAGGCCUUUUUGCGCCUCUUCCCGAUCCACACGAGGAUGCACCGCUCCGAGACCAUGCAUGGGAACUUUGGAUGCUACAAUUUUAUCAGGCACUUUAUUGACAUUAGCGUGCACGACGCCGUGGAGCUCAAGUGGAUCCGCGACAUUUACCAGCAGACCAUUGCGCUGGAGAGCAUUGGAAAGAGGGCGGAGGAGAUGAUGGCCGUGCCGCAUUUCGGGUCCAACUUCCACCAGGUCUACGACGAGCUAGUCUCGCUGGUCGCCCACGGCGGAGAGCUGCCCGAGGACAUCAGCAUGGACCAUAUGGAGAGCCUCGGCGCGGCCGCUUACCACCAGUGGACUGGCCGCGCCCAUUACACGCAGGACCAGCGUCUGGGCUUUGGCCGUCUGGUCGACAACGUCGUACAGACCAUGGCGCAGGCUGCUGCACUCGACUCGCAGCAGCCCGGGAGUGAGCGGCCGCACAUUGGCUCGCAGCGUGAGGGCGACCUGCUGCUCUCUCCCGACGGUGUGCGCCCGCCAACCGAUGGCGAGAUCCCACGCGUGCCCAAGCUGGCGCUAUUCGGCGGCCACGAUGUCACAGUCGGUCCAAUGUCCGUCAUCAUGGGCGCAAACACCCGCCAGUGGCUGCCGUUUGCGUCGACGCUGACUUUUGAGCUAUUCAAGGACAAGGCCGAGCAAAGCAAGCAGCAGCGCGCCAAGCAGGCCGAUCUGCCACGACCCUCGAGUGUGCCAAGGGAUCUCGACACUGCCGGCCACUAUGUGCGCGUGCGGCUCAACGACCAAGUUCUGCAGGUGCCGACGUGCGAGAUGCCCGGCAAGCACCACCCGGCGAUGGGCAGCUCGAUGUGCACACUGGCCGCUUUCUUCGAGCACCUGGCGCCCGUGAUUGCCUCCGAGGCCGAGUUCAGGACCGAGUGCGGCACGAUGCCGCCGACGGAGAUGUGAGGACGAUGCUUUUUUGUUUUGACUUUCGACCUUCGACUUUGAUAAAGCAAUUUCAUUAUAUUGAACACUUAA